AAGGAGCAGUCCCAGUCCAGAUAGAGACCACAUUGUGAAGACAUUGUAUCCUUGCAUCCAGCUGAAUACCUGCAAAAAAUGGCUUCCUUCAAGUUAUCAGUGAUUGCCUUUCUGGCUAUUGGGCUUUAUCUGGACACAGUAUCUGCUAAAGGAGUCAAUUCUCUAGUUGAAUCAAUUCUAGCGAGUGAUGAUGCGGCAGAGAUUGCUAAAGAUCUUGAUGAUAUUGAACAGAGUGAUUUGAUGAUGGCACUGGGACAAGCAAUGAAGAAAGUUGAAAACAGUGACGAAAUGAAGGCACUAGGUGAAGCAAUUAAGAAGCUUCAAAACAAUGAGGAGGGGGCUAAACUAAUUGCAUCAGCUCAAGCGAUAUUGACAGAUGAACUUAAAGUACCUCAAGUUGAAGCCAUUACGAAGUGUAUAAAAACAACUAAUUAGAUCCUAGAAGUCCACUUUCAACAGCGGAGCCCUAGAGGCUUCGUCUCGACAACUAUUUCCUGCCUCCUUCAUAUAUUCACGUCUCCAUGGUGACCAGAAACCAUAUGCUUUCAUGUUCUUUCUCUUUUCUCAAGAUAACAAAAUAAAGACUUCCUUGCAUUCA